AUUACAUCGUGUUAAUUUCCAGUCUCUGCGUUUGCGCACAGUUGCCGAAAAAAUGUCUCUGUCCAACGGAGUCGAGGAUACCUCCUCGACUUGCAAGUUCCUGCUUGUCGGAGUCGGCUAUCAUGCCAGACGGACCUAUGUGCCCCAUCUCGAGACGCUGCGGAAGGAAGGACGAGCCAUGCUCCGCGUGGCCGUCGACCUGGAGCCUUUCAGGGAGAGAGUUACGAAGUACACGCACAGCAUGGAGCCGGACGCAGAGCUCGUGUUCGUCCCCCCUUUCGAAGGGCCGAUGCCCAGUGAGGUGGCUCAACAACUAAACGAGGUCGUCAAACGCACCGGAGUUACCUGCUGCAUCAUCAGCACGGAGCCGCUGGCUCACAAGGCCUACGGUCUGUGGGCUAUCAGCGCCGGGCUCAACGUCAUCACGGACAAGCCAAUAUCGGCAAGGGAGAAAGCCGUCACUGACUUUGAGGCUGCGUACGGCAUCGCCCAAGAUUACCUGGACAUCGCCAAUGCCUACAUCGCCCUCCAGAAACGGGUCGAGAAGCCCACGUUCUUCAUGGUCAAUAGCCAUCGCCGUUACCAUCCGGGAUUCUAUUGCGUCUUCGACAUGAUCAAGGAGAUCCAAAACAAGACCCACUGCCCGGUGACCAACAUCAUCUCCACGCACUGCGACGGCAAGUGGCGCCUUCCCUCCGAGAUUGUCGACGAGCCCUACCAUCCGUACAGAACCGGGUACGGAAAGGUCUCGCACAGCGGGUACCACUUCUUCGACAUGAUCUACAACUUCAUGCGCGCGGGCUGGACGGAGAGCAAGCGACCCGACAAGAUGGAGGUCAUGAGCAGUUUCGUCCUGCCCGCGGGCUUCGUCACGUCCUUGCACGAGGGCGACUACGACCACAUCUUCGGGAAGGACGAAUACGCCAAGUACAAACGGUACACGGACGAGGAGCUGUUCGAGCUGAUAGGGCCCAUGGGCGAGAUCGACUCGUCGAUCCAGGUGACCUUCUCGCGCGGGGGCCACAACAUCGCCAUCGCGCAGAUCAACCUCCUGCACAACGGCUUCUCGCGCCGGAGCUGGCUGCAGCCGGGCGCGGACCUGUACAAGGGCAACGGGCGGGUCAAGCACGAGGCGCACGAGGUGCGGUCGGGCCCGUUCCAGACCGUGGUCAUCGACUCGCGCCAGGCGAACGACAAGCACGACCGGUCCAAGCCCAGCACGGGCGAGAUGGGUACCGACAACCACUUCGAGGUGCACGUCUUCCGCAACUGCGACGUCACGGGCGACGACGCGCCGCUCAAGACCUUCACCGUCGCCGACCUCGACCGGCGCUACAACACGACGCUGCCGGGCAUCUACUCGGAGAACGUCAAGCGCGGCAUCUUGUGGGAGGCCGUCGAUUUCCUCCAGGGGCAUCGCACCCUGGAGGAGAUGACCUCGAGCAUCCUGGACCACUCCAUCCCGGCGACCAUCAUGAGCGCCGCCUACAUCUCGCACAUCAGGAGGGUGAAGGACCUCAACCCGAUCGUGCCGGUUGAAAUUACUUACGGGGGGUCGCUUGGGCUGGCGGAGGCACAUAUACCCGAGAUCACUUACCGGCCAGAGCUCGCCGUCCAGCCCGCGCGGGACACCGUCCCGAGCCUCUGCGGAUCCUCCUCCAGCGACACGGCACCACCCGGCACUCCCAUGACCAGGGCGUACGCGCCGCCCUCUGCAACCGAGGCGUCGCUGAGGGCCGCGAAACUGGGCCUGAUCGGGGCCCUGAGCUCACUGUAUGGGAUCGAGACGUCCUUCCUCCGGACCGACGCUGUGGAUUCGGGGGCAACCGGGUUGGAAGAAAAGGAACUGCGGUCGCAAGGGGCUGAUUUUCUGGCCAAGCUUGAUGCCCUGGUGAAGUGAAAGCAGAAUACGCGUAUAGGCGUAAUUGUUCUGGAUCUUGGUGGGAAAUGACAGGUCUCAUUGUUCCCUUAUGCGCCCGACUGCUGGCUGCCGUUCAGCUGGAAUUUCUGAGAGGUCAUGGAUUCUGAUGGCUGUCAAAUACCUAGUAAAGCAUAUGGCAACUUGCUUUCUUUUGAG